UAAGGAAAUGCAUGUUUGUAAACUGUGCCCGUUUUGUGAGGUGAUUACCAAGUAUUUGUGUAUUUGAGGAAAUUUUGCCAUUUUGUAAUAAGCUGUAAACUACUAAUUUUAUCAUAGUUUCUAUACAUAUUUCUGUUUAGAAAUGGUACGUCGAACUUCAAAGGCAACAGCAAAAUCUUUAGAAAAAUCUAAAAUCGAAUCUCCAGCAUUAAGAAGAUCGAGACGUAGAAGAAAGUCUACAUCAAGUGAUGAUUCUGAUCAUGGAAGUUCUACAAAAGACAAUGAAUCACCUAGUUCCAUUAAUAGAGAUUCAUUGCGAAGGUCUAGAAGAAUUACAUCAGGAAAAGACAAUGACGCGCUUGAAAAAUGUGUAUACAGUGGAUCUUUGGUACCAGAGGAACAUCAAGAAACCGGUGAGGGGGAAAAUUUUAAAGGUAAGUCUAAUGAUAAAAAGGGAUCAAAUAAUGACAGAAAUGAGUCAAAUGUUGAUGAAGAAAUUGAAAAUAAAAAUGUGCAGGUGACCAGUCAGUCACCAAGUAACACACAGACUGUUUUUAAAAGUAUAUCUGACAAAGCGAAGUGCGAAGAGGAAUGCACAAAAAGUGCCAGUGACUCAUCUGAAAAUAAAUGUUUCAACAAAGUCAGUGAAAACCAAGAAUUGAAAGCUAGCAUUGCUGUAACUGUUCUGUCAAAUGAAAAUAAUCCAGAAACUUCAAAAUUGGAGGAAUACACUGUUCUAAAGGAAGAUAUGUUACAUAGUCAGCAGACUGAAGAUAACAUCCAAUUGGGGCCUUUACAACCUUCUUCAAAUAAUUUGAUAAGCAAUUCUGGCACGAGCAAUUUAAUUGAAACUAAUUCCGCAAAGCAUAACCAAUCGAGUGAUAAAAUUGUCUCUAGUUUCAGUGAUUCUAAGGAAAACCUAUUGUUAAAAGUUGUCACACAUUCCUUAGAAUGCCCGAAAGUUGAAACAUUUGAUAAACAGAAAUUGCUUACUACAAGUAGUGAUCAAUUGGAAGCUAACCAAGAAAGUACAAAAAAAAGUACCGAGCCCAUCGAGACAAAGAAGAUUCUUUUAAAAAGGGCAAUAGAUGGAAAAGCAUCUGAAAUAUUCAACAAAGAAGAAGUCAAGAGCUCCUGUGUGGAAGUAAAUUCAGAUACGCAUAUUGAAGAGCAAUCUCAGCAUCUCACAAAGAAAUGUUUAGAAAGCUGCAAAUCCGUAGACAGUCAAAAUUCAGAAAAUGCAGACAUUUUAUCAAGUGAGGAGUCUUUGAAAAAAAAAAUCACCCUGAAAAGAUUACCAGACACAAAAACUUUAGGAAACUUAUUGCAGGAUGUUAGUGACUCAAAACAUGAGGAGCAAUCCAUUGAUGAAGAUUCUGAGCAAACUAAAAAGAGUGACUUGCAGAAGAAAGAAAAAGCAGAUACAAGUGAAAAACACAAAGACAUGACCAACAAAAAUCAAAACAGAAAAAUUUUGUUAAAGAGGAGAAGUACUGUUGAAGCUGAAAAACCAUCUUUGAUUGUUGACAAUAAGAAGAAAGAAGAUAAAAUGAAAUUAGAGCAAACAUCUUUUCAAGAGUCAAGUGAGAAAGAGCAAUCUUCUUCAGGUGAUGAUGCUACUAAUGAAGAUAGAAAGAGGAAAUAUAGUAAUGCCUUUGAAAUGGGGUUAUGUGAACACCAAGAAGCAGACAAAAAACCUGGUAAACUACCCAAAGUAAUUAAAAUUGUGCGCAAUUUAUUGACACAGCAGGGUCAUUCUUUUGAGGGUAAAGAAAAUCCAGAAACCCAAAUUAUUUUAAAGAAACCGAAGUGGAAUUCAACCAACAUAACAUCCACAAAAAUAAUUUGUUUAAACUUGAAGGAUUUAAGAAGAAUGUGCCCCAAAUUAGGCUUUGCAAAGGAGGACGAAGUAAAUUUAGACUUGACAUUCAAAGAGAAGCAACAAUUGGAAAUAGAAAAACGUAAGGAAAUGGUGGAAGCCAAACGAGAAGAAAAAGAAAAAAUGCUAAUGGAACAUAUAGAAAAGGAGAUCAGCGAAGUGGAGGUGAAAGAAAAUGUUAUAACUUUAAACAGAAAAAUAAGCAUAGUUGAUGAUACAGCAAGCAAAAUGAAACCUCCACCAACUCCUCCGAAAAACCCAAUAUCGAAUGUUAUAUUUGUUACUAAUUUGGUGAGGCCAUUUACAGUAAAACAGCUUAAGGAAUUAUUGGAGAGGACUGGUAGGAUAACAGAAGAUGGAUUUUGGACCGACAAGAUCAAAUCGAAAUGUUAUGUAAAAUAUGACACUCCAGAAGAAGCCGAAGCUACAAGGAAUGCCUUGCACGGUGUUAAUUGGCCCAUUGGUAAUGGGAAGAAACUCAUAAUUGAAUAUUCGACAGAGGAAGAACUGGAAAAAGUAAAGAACCCUCCUCAGCCCUUCGUUAGGCGGGAAAAAACUCCGGAAAAAGAAAAUCAAUUGCCCGGAACGCUUGUGGUGAGGGAGCGGAUGGAAGAAAACGCUGCGGUGAUCGCACCUGUUUUGACGUGGGACAUGGGGAAAGAGGACAAUCACCAGAAACGUCCGAGGAUGAGAUCCAGGAGCAAGGAAAAAGUUGGAAGGCUUAGUCAGCUGCCAUAUAUGCCUGAAGAUUUUUAUCAGAAAAGGACCAAAUAUGAGGAAGUGGUGGCCCCAAAAGCGAUGGACGAUUUAUUUUUGAAAACCAAAGUCACACCCAGCAUCUACUGGCAACCACUUUCACCUGAAGAGAUAGUGUUAAAGCAGCAACAGCGACAAAUGCGAAUGGAAGAACACAAACGUCGCCUGGAAGAAUCCGGUCGCGGGCGCGGAGGCGCGAGGGAUCUUCCUCGAGAAAGGGAAAGGAAUUUCAGGAGACGUUGAAAAUUUUUCGUGAUCAGGACUAGUUUAUAUUGUUUUUUUUUUAUUCUAAUGCAUAAAAUUCCGAGUGGGCGAGUACCGAGUAUGCGAAGUGACGAACGAAGCGUGUGGAAGUGAGGUUAGGUUUGUUUUUUUUUUCAAGUUUCAGGUCGUUUUUAAAUUCUGUAGCCGCCGGUAAACACAUGAGUGGUAGUUCGACCCGGCCGCCGGAAUCGAAGAAAAAUACACAAAAUUUAGUGUUAACUGUAGCGUGGCGGGGUUAAUAAACGUGUGAAUGAGAGAAAAUGUCCGAUACCUUUCGCAUUUUUUUUUUCAAAUAGGUUGCGCUUAGUAAAUUCGAAUUUUUAUAGGAUUUCCAGCAUAAGAAACUACUUAUCACCAAAAAUUUCUUUCCGACGAGGGAUGUGUGUGUUUACGGUAGGGAAAUAUCGGGAUUGACACGGGAAGCUUCGUUUAGUAGCGAAUAUUCUGUGGGAAUGUCACGUUAGUAGGAUUUUAAUUUUUAGCAGAAUUUGUAUUAACCAACUUUAUUAUUGAGUAAACACUUGGCAUUAGACGCGCGUGUUUCUUUUGUUCAUCAAGCCGAAAGGAAAAAUGCGCAAAGAGUAUCCCAAUAGUGCGU